AGAAAGAGAGAGCGAGAGAGAAAGAGAGAGAGAGAGAGAGAGAGAGAGAGAGAGAGAGAGAGAUCUUGGACAGAAGUAGCCAGCUAGUUACGCUAAGUGAAUUUUGACACGACAGAACGCGGCGUUUUAGACUGUCACUUUCUUCUCUUUGGAUCCCUCUCGUCCGGCUCCAAAAACACCACGUCGUCUCCAGCUUGAAAACUCAAAAAAGGCGUUCGCAUCAGCUGGCAUGAGCUAACCGACCAGACAUGGAGACAAAACCUUUCUUGUCACUGGGAUUCCUGAAGCCCCAGUGCUCUCUAGCAUCCCCGCCCCCCCAGCGAGGAAGACCUGGGGAUGCCUGCUCCUGUUUCACCGGCAUGUGCCCCCUUCACCAGCGUCGGCUGUCCACAGAUGGACAUGUGCCGUCCUCGCCCCUGGGGUCCCCCACGUCCAACCGGGGGAUGCACCCGUCGCUGCUGAGCCCCACCUCCAUGGGCGGCCCGGGAUCCCUGCACUCGCCCAUCAGCACCCUCAGCUCCCCCAUCAACGGCCUGGGCUCCCCCUUCUCCGUCAUCAGCUCCCCCAUGGGACCCCACUCCAUGUCCAUACCCUCCCCCGGGAUGGGCUACGGACCCAGCCUCAGCCCACAGCUCAACUCCCCCAUGAACUCGGUGAGCAGUUCGGAGGACAUCAAGCCCCCUCUGGGACUGAACGGGGUGAUGAAGGCGCCAGCUCAACCCUCCGGCACCCCGCUGUCCCUCACCAAGCACAUCUGUGCCAUCUGUGGAGACCGGUCUUCAGGCAAACACUACGGGGUGUACAGCUGCGAGGGCUGCAAGGGCUUCUUUAAGAGGACGGUGAGGAAGGACCUGACCUACACCUGCCGCGACAACAAGGACUGCAUCAUCGACAAGCGCCAGCGCAACCGCUGCCAGUACUGCCGGUACCAGAAGUGUCUCGCCAUGGGCAUGAAGAGAGAAGUUUUGUUAAACGCAGCCGUCCAGGAGGAGCGCCAGCGGGCCAAGGACCGAAAUGAGAACGAGGUGGAGUCCACCAGCAGCGCCAACGAGGACAUGCCCGUGGAGAAGAUCCUGGAGGCGGAGCUGGCCGUGGAACCCAAGACGGAGACCUACAUCGAGACCAACCUGGGCGUACCAUCCAGCUCGCCGAACGACCCGGUCACCAACAUCUGCCAGGCGGCCGACAAGCAGCUGUUCACCCUGGUGGAGUGGGCCAAGAGGAUCCCGCACUUCUCCGAGCUCCCGCUGGACGACCAGGUCAUCCUGCUGCGGGCAGGGUGGAAUGAGCUGCUGAUCGCUUCGUUCUCGCACCGCUCGAUAGCGGUGAAAGACGGCAUCCUCCUCGCCACGGGGCUCCACGUCCACCGCAACAGCGCCCACAGCGCAGGGGUGGGGGCCAUCUUCGACAGGGUGCUGACGGAGCUGGUGUCUAAGAUGCGAGACAUGCAGAUGGACAAAACAGAGCUGGGGUGCCUGAGAGCCAUCGUCCUCUUCAACCCAGAUUCCAAAGGCCUGUCGAACCCGGGGGAGGUGGAGGCGCUGAGGGAGAAGGUGUACGCCUCUCUGGAGGCCUACUGCAAACAGAAGUACCCCGACCAGCCCGGGAGGUUCGCCAAACUGUUACUGCGGCUCCCGGCCCUGCGGUCCAUCGGGCUGAAAUGCCUGGAGCACCUCUUCUUCUUCAAGCUAAUAGGGGACACGCCCAUCGACACCUUCCUCAUGGAGAUGCUGGAGGCGCCGCACCAAAUGACGUAAUCGGGCCCGGAGCACCGCCCCCCUCCCCCCCCCCCCCUCCCCCGGGAGGGCGGGAGCUGCCCCCUCCUCCUCCCCGACAGACUGAUGACAUCUGAUUGACAGAGACACGGAAAAGCGCGCAGUAAACUCCCCCCUUGGUUUCCACGCGUGUUUUUAAAGAGAAAAGGAAAAGAAAAGAAAAAAAGAGUCAAGCUCAUUACGUCUAUGGGUCUGUUUUAUACUUUGUAUAAAUAUAUAAAUGUGUAGCUCAUGAAAAAAAAACGAAAAAGAAUGAACUGAAACGCGACAGACAGAGAGACAGACAGACAGACGGACGGUAAAAUAUAUCAAGCCAUUGUUUUGUUUUUGUUUUUUGUUUUUUUUUUUAAAAAAAAAGAAGAUUUUAUGGGAGAGAUGGGAUGAAAGGCGUGGGUAUGUUUGCGGGUUCGUCGUAUGCGGCACGUUGAUCAUGGGAUAGUCGGCGUGGUUACGGGACAAUCGCGGCACUCUGUGGUGGGGAGGGCGAGCUGGUGCCCCUCACUUGUUUCGGGGGGGCGGGGGGGGGGGGGGGGGAUGCCGCCUCAGAUCCAGGAGUUGGAAGGAGAGUAUUUAUAUCUGGGAGGGGAGCAGGGGAGGGGGGGUCACCUCUCUUUCGGAAACAGAAAUCCAGCCGUCAGCGAGCCGGAAGCUCUGCCCCGUCCCCCAUUUUGGACGCCAUUUUGACGCCCCCUGGUGGAGGUAAAUUUUGUAAACGCGCAGGUGUUUUACUACAGUAAUACUGUUCCUGUGCUCCGCGGUGUACCACAGGGAACCGCCAUCACAGUCCCCCCCCUGUACUCGUGGGCGGGGCUUGAGGACUCCCAUUGACAGUACCAGAUAGUCCCGCCUCCUGUGACCCCUCCCCCGGCCUCUAAGCCCCUCCCACUGCAGUGCUAUCUGCCUCCACGCUGCUCGGCCACCCCCACGUGGGCGGGUCUUACAGCAGCAUAACUUAUUACAGUAUAAAUGCAACCAGAUUCAGUAUUGAUGGUAUUCAUUUUUACAAACUGUGCAAUUCCUUCCUCAUUAUUUAUCCACAGCUCAGCUCAGCUCAGCUCGGCUGAGUUCAACUCACCUCAGUUUGGCUUAGUUCGGCCUAGUUCAGCUCAGCUCACCUCAGUUCAGUUCAGUUCAACUUAGAUAAACUCAGUUCAGAUCAGCUCGGUUCAGCUCUGCCCAGUUCAGUGCAGUGAUGUCCUUGCUGAGUAGCUAUGGAGACAGAUGCAGUACUCGUUCGGUAGAACCUUUUCUAACAAAGAGGAAAUGUACGUUCUCUUUUUCUUAGCACUUAAAAUCUCCACUCAAAGGGGAAAGGCUCCAGCAUCCAAAAUUCGGAUGAGGAACACUCGGGGUGGGUUUGGGGAGGGGAGGGGUGGGUUGGGUUGCCAGGAAUUCACGGUAGGCACUUCCUCUGGACAAAACCACACCCUCGUUUAAAAAAGUUUUAAUGCUUUUCAGAAGAAAAAAAAAUCUGUAAAUCUAUUGUGUCCCUCCCUUCUCAGCUGUUUUUUUAUUUUUAUUUUAUUUUUUUAAGUUCUGCUGUUGUUGUUAAACUAUGCAUCCAGCAUUUCCAAAGACUGUCCACCAUGAGGUUUUAAUGUGAAGAUGCCAGGCCAGAGAGUCUUUAGGGUUGUCAACAUUUGAAUGGAGACCAGGCGUAGCAGCAGGGUCCCACUGGUGCGACCGGCGCUAUCUAGAGCCAAUGGGAAAGCCGUUGCUUCCCCCUGGUGGAGGAAACAUGGCAUUGCAACACUACUUGAAUUUUUAAAAACCAGUAUUUAAUCAGAGAUGGCACUUUCAAAAACUUUUCCAGUGAAUUUCAUUCUUCUGUCAGAAACUAAAAUCAAUUUAAAAACACCAUUUAAGGACGAGAAAAAUGAGCAAUAAUCUGAACUAGAAUUGGUCCUUCAAAAUGUAUUUAAAUAUAUGCACUUGUCUCUGUGUCAUAAACGGUUCUUCGUUGUGUUCUAGCAUUUAGCUGACCUCCGCUGACAGUCAGCCAUUUCAGAACUGAAUAGUGUUGGCAGCCAUUUUAACCGGCCGCAGUCUGGUUCAAGUCAACUGUGAGGACCGUAAAGUCUCAACCACCUUUAUUUCUUUGCAGGAUGUUAGUUUGUUAAUUUUUUGGGUUCAGCACCCCACAGUUAAGUCAAAGUCCAUUGAGUUUAGAGAGUGGGGAACCACAGCCCUCUGGAACCACGUUGGGACAGGUUGGCUUGCCUUUGGUCUCUAUAGCAACACAUUCAGCUAAAGGAUGGAUUCAAUCAAAUGGUAACAUUGCUUGUCCUCACAAUCAAUAAGUGAAACAAAAUGUUUCUCUCUUCGACACAACGGCUGCUCAAGUGAAAAAACAAAAUCUGUGUGAAUCACAAGUCAAAAUUUGCCAAAUUUAAUUUGCUGAGAUCAUAAUUGGGUGUGAUGGGCAACACUAACGUAGGUGAUGUUCUACAGAAUCAGAUUGAAAACCAACAGCCUUUGGUUGCUUGGAGGACCAGGAAUGUCCACACCCAUUUUGAAAUUAGAAGUUCUUGACAAACUUCUUGACAAAAUAUACGUUUGACCUUAUGAGCUCUCUCUGUUUUUUGAACUUAAUUUAAAGUGAGAUUUGCUGUUUAGAUCUCUUGAGAAUGGCACCUUAAAAAAAAAAACUUUUCCGCAAUAGCAUAACUGUCAGCUGUUUCCCUAAUAUCCCUGAUGUGUUUCACAAAGGACCAGAUUUUCAGAUGAGAGCACUGGGAGAUCCACCUACCCCCUGCCCCAUUAAUUAACCCUUUCAAGAGUAGAUUGUUUGGAAUGUUUUUUUUUUACUUUCUCAAAAUUCUAAGUCAGUGUUCUAGAACUCCACUGCUUUCACUUACCAGUAGUGAUUGUGACAUCAGCGUUAGAAUGUUCAGUUAAAAACAUUCCAAGCGCACAUUUGUGAUCGCGCACCAUAAAGGGUUAAAGCCAUACGCAGGGACUUACAAUCAUGGUGGCAAAGGGACUCUCUCCUGCAGGACAUAGACUUGAAAAUCUGGGAUCCUCUGAAAUAAAAAAUAAAUAAAUAAAUACACCAUUACAUAGACAUUGGUGCAUAAAUACUUUAUGUAUGCCAUAAAGCUAUAUUUUGUGAAUAUGUACACACGUACAUUUAUGCAUAAAUCUUAAAUGUUACUGGUUUGUGUUCUAGCAAUGGAGAAACAUAAUUCAACAUGGCCAAGGGCAGGCCUGGCAAAUCCAUAGUAGUGUAAUUAUUCAGAACCAUAGAGUCGCUGUUUUUCUUGAUUCACUUUCUCAUUUUAAGCCUUUAAGUUUGGCCUUGAUGUCUAUGUUCCAAAAUCAACCAGCCAACAAUCUACCAGCAACUUUGAGCACUAAGAAUUACCACACCAGCUUCUGGGGAAGUUUCCAGAAACUUCUCUCACAAUCCUCCAAGAUACAGCAGUGGCCUGGUAGAUCUAAAUAUAUAUAUACAUAUGUAUAUAUUUUAUAAAAUAAAAUUAAAAAUAGCAAUUUCCCAAAAUAUACCUGUUGCUUUGCUACUUGUGUGCUACAGCUAUAUCAGGACUAGCUGAGAUCCACCACAAUCACUGCUUAAGCUCUGUUUAUUUAGCGAUAAGAAAAUGUCAAAGGAUACAUCUAAUGAAAAAAAAAAAAAUCUAUUUUUGUACAAAUGUAAUUCCAUCCUCUGCUUAUAAUGUUCUUAUAUUUUCCUGCUGUGGGCUGUUAUUUGUAAACAUUAUUUGUGUAAAUGUUGAUUUUAAAUGAAAAAAAAAGAAAAGAAAAAAAGAGUACCUUCAAAAUUGAGAACGGGGUGAGGGGGUCCCGCCCCUCCAAACUUUGUCCUGUAUUUUCCCGUUUUCUCUCCGUCGUUUGAAGAUGGGGGUUUUUUGUCUUUAUAUUUUUUUUUUUUUGUUGCCUAUUUUUAAAAGAAAACAAAAAAAAAACAUUGUUCUUUGUGGGUUGUUCUCUGAUGUUCUAUCUUUCAUGAAAAGGAAAAAGAUUAAUAAAAAAUCUUAAAAGAU